UAUCUCUCUCCCACAUGAAUCCAAAUCUAUCUCCAACCUCACAUUUGUUAGACCUCUACUUACAAUUAAACACUCUCAUAUACACUUUUAAUUUUAUUUCUCUCGGAUAUAUUCAUGUGUUUAAUACAUAUAUAUAUACACACACACACAUAGAUAUCUCUCUGACAAAACCUUAAUAGCCAGAGAGACCAUAAGCGAAACCAUCUCUUCUCUUUGCUCUCUCUCUCUCUACGCAGCAAUGGUGACCGACACACAAUCAAGAACGACGCAGUCUGCGGCAGUGGAGGUGGUCACGUGCGACACGUGCGGAUUUACGGAGGAGUGUACUGUUCCGUACAUCCGGCGUGUCCGCGACCACCACAACGGCAAGUGGCUAUGCGGUCUCUGUGCGGAGGCCGUCAAGGACGAGGUUGUCCGAUCGCCGAUGAGAAUCUCCGUAGACGAAGCUGUUAGACGUCACUCCUCCUUCUUCCACAGCUUCCGGCACGGCGGCGCCAUCGAAAAAGAUCCGAUCUCUGCCAUGGGACGAAUUCUCCGGCGAUGCCUCGAAGGGUCCAUCAGAACCUCCGCGAGGACGAACUCGACCAGUUCCUUGCCGGAAAUCUCCGCCGUGGAUUCUCCGGCAGGGGAAUCGUCGCCGUCGCUCCUCCGGUCUGGGAGCUGCUUCUCCUCUCUGUCCACUAGAUGACUUUUCUGUUAGUUUUUUUUGGGUUUAAUCGUCAAUUAUUUUUGUUAAUUAGAUUACCAUUUAGAAGAAGGUGUGGGAUCCGAGGAAGUGUUCCUAUGACGUUCGCUACCCUUUUUCUAGUAUUGAAAAUUAAUUGCAAUGGGUUCGUGAAAAAGGGUCACUGUGUUUUUUUUUAGCGUUUAAUAAUUAUUGAAAUUAAUCAAUGUCGUAUUAUUUUCGCUUUAUAAUAA